AUACCUCAAUGUUAUUUAUUUAUUUUUUAGAUUUGAAAAAACAAAACAAACAUAUGCUGUUAAUUUCUCUUAUCAAACAAUUGAAAGGCAUCAAUUUGCUGCUUAUGAAAACUUAAAAUGAGUGAAGCUUGUGGUUCCAGGGAACAAUUUAUCGAUGAAGACUAUGAGUCUGAGUUCGAGUUUGAUACCCAACCAGGCAAUAAAAGAAAAUCUAUAGACGAUGAAGUUACAUUCAAAACUCCUGCAAAAAGAAUUUCCAAGCCAAACAGACAGACAUUCCAUGACCAGUGUGCAUUAGAACAGGGCCGUUCUCAACAACAAGCAUACCAGGCCUUAGACGCCUAUACGAGGCAUAAAAAACUCAUCAACGAUUACGUUCUAUGCUAUUCAGGAACCACUCAAAAACUUAGAAGAGAUACUAGUAAUUAUAAAACUGAUCAUGAUAUAAUCCGUGAAAAUCAUAAAUUCUUAUGGGAAGAAGAUGAUGACGCAGCUACCUGGGGUGAAAAGCUAGCGAAGAAAUAUUAUGACAGACUCUUUAAGGAAUAUUGUUUGUGCGAUCUCUCUCGCUAUAAGGAUAAAAAAGUUGGCAUGAGGUGGCGCACAGAGAAAGAACUUAUUAUCGGUAAGGGGCAGUUCUUCUGUGGUAAUAUUCGUUGUGAUCAAAAAGAUGAAUUGAACAGUUGGGAGGUUCUGUUUUCUUACGUGGAAAAAGGUGAAAAGAAAAGUGCAUUAGUCAAAUUACGUUUGUGUGAGCGGUGCUCUGACAAGCUGCAUUAUGGAUAUAAAGGUAAAGCAGCUCUGAAAAAGAAGAAAGAAAAAAGUGAUUAUAAUUCGAAGAAUAACUUAGUAGAUACUGUAUCGGUACCUAAUAAUACAGCUGAUGAAGCUCACACCCAAAAGAUUCCUGAGGAAACGAAUAUUUGGAAACAAAAGAUCAAAGAGGAAGUAGAACAAUCGAAAGAAGAUGCUUUUGAGGAAUUUUUGGAAGAAUUAUUGCUAUAGAUUUACUUAUGAAGGAUAUUUCCAAAUUGGAUCUUGCCAGCUCAAAUUUCCAAUUGCAACUUCUCAGUUCAGCAUUCGCAAUAAAUUUUUUUAAAAAUAUGUAGUGAUUAUAAGUUUUAAGAGUUGACUCCAUUCAAUGAUGUCAUUAUUAUUUUCAUUAGUUUGUGUGCCACUGUCCCAGGCAAUUCGGCAACAAUAUGGAAACGUUCCUAUUUAUGACAUUAAAAUAUCACAUCAUCUUAUUUCUGCUCAUGUUCUACGAAUCCAUAUUAUUCUACUGCUUAAUAUCUGAAAUUGUUCUUGUGCCCUUUAAAAAUUGAUUAUGUAAUGCUUUGCUAAGAUAGUAAGGAAAAAAUGUAAUGAUAAAUUAAAUGUAUGUAUAAUUUAUAAUAUAUUUAAUAAGCUAAUAUGUAAAUUGCUUUAUCAUUGUUAUUAAUAACUAUGCUUCAUAAUUUUUU